UGUUUUACUGCUCUGUGUUAUUCCCAAAGCCGAUACUUCCUUUUCAAGUCUCUUCUCUCUCUCUCUCUCUCUUCCAAAAUAAGAUUCUUCCCUCUCUCUCUCCAGAAUUUCCUCCUCCCACUGCUUCUUUCUUCCUUGCAGCGCGAUUGCUGCAUCCUCCUCCAAUAAGAGCUCGCUGCUAGCGAACCCUAACACGGCGGCAACGUGAGGUGUUCGGUUGAAGUUCAGAUCAGCCAUGGCCGCAGCAACCCCCACUUCUCUGCGGUUCCUCCUCUCCGUUUCCGUAACCCUAACCCUAACCCUGCUUAACCUCGCCGCCUCAAAUUCCGAAGGCGACGCUCUCUACACGCUGAAACGGAGCCUCUCGGACCCUGACAACGUCCUCCAGAGCUGGGAUCCCACUCUCGUUAGUCCCUGUACUUGGUUCCACGUCACCUGCAACCAGGACAACCGAGUCACUCGAGUGGAUCUUGGUAACUCUAACCUAUCUGGACAUUUGGUACCUGAACUUGGGAAGCUGGAGCAUCUACAGUAUCUUGAGUUGUACAAAAACAACAUUCAAGGAACUAUUCCUCCGGAACUUGGAAGCCUGAAGAGUCUAGUUAGCUUGGACUUGUACAACAACAACAUAUCAGGCACCAUCCCACCUUCAUUGGGGAAAUUGAAGAAUCUUGUCUUUUUACGACUCAAUGACAACCGACUAACUGGCCCAAUUCCCAAGGAACUGUCUGCUGUUUCAAGCCUUAAAGUAGUGGAUGUCUCCAACAAUGAUUUAUGUGGUACAAUUCCUACAUCUGGGCCCUUCGAGCAUAUUCCAUUGAAUAACUUUGAGAAUAAUCCCCGCUUGGAAGGUCCAGAGUUGUUGGGACUAGUAAGUUAUGACACAAACUGCUCGUGAAUAACGUGAUGUGGUAGGAUCUCAAUCUGCGUUGAAUUAUAUAUAUGUAUUCUAAAAUUUAAGUGUAUUACCUCAUAGUGUAAUGGGAAGUGGUAAAUGUAAUCUCUGGUAUAUGUAAAUUUACAUACUGAAGGACAUUGGAAUUUGUGACUUGAAUAUCUAUUGAUGUAAUACUAGAAAAAAGAUCGACUUGGUCACUCGCUGAUAAAAUAUUUGUGACGCAUUGCUCUCCAUGUUAUUGGUUCUUUGUCAAUGACAAUGCAAGUGUUUAUCGCCGUGGUAUUCACUUCA